AUGGAUUUACCGACAACCAUAUGGCCACUGGUCUUUGCUGCCUUUUCCAUCGCCAUAGUAGCAGCGACCAAGAUUACAGGACGACGACGACAAUCAGCUGCCGGUCCGACGACAACGAAGCGCCCACCUCCGCCCGUGUCUCCGGGGGUCCCUCUUCUCGGCGACCUGCCAGCGCUGCUCAUCAAGGGCCCGUUGGCCCUGAUCCGCGACCACUACACGAGGCUGGGGAGCGUUUUCACCGUGCGCCUGUUUCACCUGAAGCUCACCUUCUUGGUCGGGCCAGACGUGUCGAGCCAUUUCUACCGGGGCCUGGAUUCCGAGAUCAGCCAGGACGAGGUCUCUCGGUUCACCAUCCCCACCUUCGGCCCUGGCAUCGCCUUUGACGUCGAUUACGCCACUCGGCAUGAGCAGUUCCGGUUCUUCGGCGACGCCUUGAAGCCGGUGAAGCUCAGGACCUAUGUCAGCCUCAUGGUUCUUGAAGUCGAGAGUCAUUUUGCGAGGUGGGGGCAGUCCGGCACCGUUGAUCUGAAGCAGGAGCUAGAGCACCUGGUGACGCUCAUCACCAGCCGGUGCCUGUUCGGCGCCGCCGUCCGGGAGAAGAUGUUCAGCGAGGUCGGGUCGCUGCUCCGCGAGCUCAACGACGGCAUGCGCCUCGUCACGAUCCUGUUCCCUCACCUGCCCAUCCCCGCGCACCGCCGGCGCGACGCGGCGCGCGCCAGGCUAGGCGAGAUAUUCACCGAGAUCGUAAGGUCCCGCAAGAGCCGCACCGACGACGACAGCCAAGCCGACGACGACAUGCUGCAGUGCCUGCUCGACGCCCGGUACAAGGACGGCCGUGGGACGACGGAGACGGAGGUCGUCGGGAUGCUCGUCUCCGCGCUCUUCGCGGGGCAGCACAACAGCUCCAGCGCGGGCACCUGGACUGGGGCGCGCCUCCUCACCCACACCAAGCACCUGCGCGCCGCCGUCCAGGAGCAGCGGCGGAUCGUGGCGCGGCACGGGGACCGCGUCGACUACGACGUGCUGCAGGAGAUGGACACCCUGCACCGCUGCGUCAAGGAAACCCUGCGCCUGCACCCUCCCGCGCUGAUGCUGCUCCGCCACGCGCGGCAGAGCUUCACCGUGCUGACCAGGGACGGCCGCGAGUACGAGGUGCCCAAGGGCCACGCGGUCGCCAGCCCGCUGGUGCUCCACAACAGGCUGCCGCACAUCUACGACGAACCGGACAAGUACGACCCGGAUCGGUUAGCGCCGCGGGGAGCGGAGGACAAGGCCGGCGGCGCGCUAGCCUACUUGUCUUUCGGCGCAGGAAGGCACCUCUGCGUCGGCGAGGCGUUCGCGUACAUGCAGCUUAAGUUGAUAUGGAGCCAUCUGCUGAGGAACUUCGAGAUGGAGCUGGUGUCCCCGUUCCCCAGGACGGACUGGAACGUGGUCAUGCCAGGGCCGCAGGGGAAGGUGAUCAUCAGCUACAAGAGACGGCGCCUGCCUACGACGGACUGA